AUGAUGAGCGGAGGAUGCAUCAGCUGGAAAAGCCAGAAACAACGGACGGUCGCGCUAUCUUCAACAGAAGCAGAAUACAUGGCGCUUUCCGAAGCAACCAAAGAAGCAGUAUGGCUCAAAGUGCUUUUGGGGGAACUUGGUGAGAUGACAAGCGACGAAGCGAUCAAGAUGUAUGAAGACAACCAAGGAUCAAUCGCUCUCGCCAAGAACCCGGAGUUCCAUAAGAGAACAAAACACAUCGACAUACGCUACCAUUUUGUGCGUGAGAAGGUGGAAUCAGGUGAAGUCGUUUUGGAGUAUUGCCCGACUCAAGAUAUGCUGGCAGACAUGAUGACCAAGCCGAUCGCCGCUGUACAAUUUGAAAACAUUCGCGAUCGACUUGGGAUCCAAGGUGCCGCAGCUAACGAGUCGAGAGGGAGUGUUGAAAAGACAGCGGCUGUGAAGAAGACACCUCGUCAAGCUGCGUCAAGUGUUGAAGCAAGUGGAAGACCAAGCUUCGCUAUACCGGUGGGUACCGGUAUGUACCAGUAA